AUGUCGACCGUCCACGAAAUCUUAAGCAAGCUGACCCUGGAGGGAGAUCACUCCCUCCCGCCCAGCGCCUACGCCACCGUCAAGGCCUACGGAAACUUUGAUGCUGACCGCGACGCUUUGACCCUGGAAACGGCCAUCAAGACCAAAGGUGUGGAUGAAGUGACGAUAAUUAACCUUUUAACAAACCGCAGCAAUGAACAGAGGCAGGAUAUCGCUUUCGCCUAUCAGAGGAGGACCAAGAAGGAAUUAGCGGCUGCUCUGAAGUCUGCCCUCUCUGGCCACCUGGAGACGGUCGUUCUGGGCCUGUUGAAGCCCCCCGCACAGUAUGAUUCCUCUGAACUGAAGGCAGCCAUGAAGGGUCUGGGGACUGAUGAAGACACGCUGAUCGAGAUUAUCUGCUCACGGACGAACCAGGAGCUCAACGUCAUCAACAAAGUCUACAAAGAAAUGUAUAAGACUGAACUGGAAAAGGACAUUAUUUCCGAUACGUCCGGGGACUUCCGGAAGCUGAUGGUCCAACUAGCCAGGGGGAAGAGAAACGAAGACAGUUCGGUGGUGGACUACGAGCUGAUUGAUCAAGAUGCCCGGGACCUGUAUGAUGCUGGAGUGAAGCGGAAGGGCACGGAUGUUCCCAAGUGGAUCAACGUUAUGACCGAGAGAAGCAUCCCCCACCUCCAGAAAGUGUUUGAGAGAUACAAGAGCUACAGCCCCUACGAUAUGCUGGAGAGCAUCAAGAAGGAGGUGAAAGGAGAUCUGGAAAACGCCUUCCUCAAUCUCGUUCAGUGUAUUCAGAACAAGCAGCUCUACUUUGCUGACCGCUUGUAUGACUCCAUGAAGGGCAAAGGAACCCGCGACAAGGUCUUGAUCCGAAUCAUGGUUUCCCGGUCUGAGGUCGACAUGCUGAAAAUCAAGAGCGAGUUCAAGCGGAAAUACGGGAAAUCCCUCUAUUACUUUAUUCAGCAAGACACGAAGGGCGAUUACCAGCGGGCGCUGCUGAAUCUGUGCGGAGGAGAAGAUUGA